CGCCCGCAGUUUCAGGCAAUCUCAGCGAAAUCAUCGCCUCACGCCUUCCGAUGAUGAGCUUCUCCAAAAAACAACAAUCCAUCAUUUGGAAAGAGAAUCACCAAACACCAUGUUUAUUGAAAAUUACAGUAAUUUUGGUUUCUCCAUCAGUGGGAACACAGUGGUAGGCCCUUGCGCUAUUUUGCCACAAGCCAUCCUGCAGUGGAAUGUUGGCACAUUUAAAGAUAUUAUUCCAGACAGCCUUGUUCUGUUCUAUAUGCUGGAGCCCAAAAUAGAAAUUGUGGUCCUGGGAACUGGAGGCAAAGUAGAGAGGCUGGAUCCUGAUGUCCUGAAAUGUUUGCAGCAACGUGGGAUUGCUGUGGAAGUACAAAGCACGCCUAACGCUUGCGCCACUUUCAACUUCCUGGUAAGCGAACGACGUGUGACGGCUGCUGGACUCAUUCCUCCUCCCCCUGGUACCAUAUCUGAAUAAGCCUUUAAGGGUAAGACGAGAUAAGAGGCGUUCUAAGCAGGCUAGAGAAAGAGACUCUACUGUCAUGGCUGCCCGCCCCUUCAGGGAGCCUUCAGCUGCUUCUCCCAGUCACAGACAAGCAUCAGCAGCAAAACAUCACCAGAAGAGCUGGGGUUGUUGUUUUUUUUCCCCCCAGGCUUACAGCUAGAUCUGAGGCUGGCUGCUCUUCCUUGCGUUGCAGCGUGAGCCCCAGCUUGGAAAAGAAGGCCUGAAAGUGAUUGUUACGCACCACUGUUUGUGUCUUAUAUCUAGUUGUUAUCUGAAACAACUGCAGGCUGCUAGUGAAUUUUUGUCCUCAAGAGGAAAUCUGUUGGGUAGACGGAAAUAAAAU